GAUCCCCAGAUGUAAAAACGUUGAAAACGCAAGAAAACGUCCUAAGUGAAAUAAAAAGCAAAAAUCCUUUCCUUUUUUUGGGUAUGCUCACUUUUUGAUAUUCUGUGUGUGUAUUGUGUAGAUAAGCAGUGCUGUGAUUAUCCUGGAAAUAAAAAAAAUCAAAUAAAUUGUGAAUGAAAAUUUCUUGAAACGGAAUGAGCAGUCAUAGAAUAAAAUAAUGAAACAAAAAAAUUAUUAAAUAUUCAAUUAAAAUACCAAGUUAUUGGAAAAAUAAAUCAAAAUAAAGGUGAAAUUUUUCUGCCGUUUUGCAAAAGGAGUUAAUAUCAUUUAUUCAACACUGACCACCAGCAAGGUCGUAAAAUUUACAGAAAAAAGCUCCAGCCUUCAACGGAACUAAAUGUCAAUUUCUUCUCACACUUAUCGAACAUAAUGAUUAAAUGUCGAAACACAACAUCCACUCGAUAUGUUUGAAAAAUCUCCAAUAAACAGAACUCUCUUGAAAAUUCGGUUCGACGACCCACAACAGCAACGGUGGCUACUAACGUUGUCAACAACAACAUCAGCAGCAAUAGCAGCAGCAACGAACCGAGGAUGACGCGAGACGGCGAAAUACCUGCUAUCUUCAAUCCCAAACAGCAUCGUGUUCGCACGCCCUCCGUUGUGGUAACGGGCGACUCGCCCAAUGGUCCAUAUGGAGGCGGCUUUACCAACAUACUCAAUGCAAGCAAUCCUCAAAUAACCCACCAAGACUCAAUAUCGUCUAGCCAACAAGAUCCUAAUGAAGUUAUUACCAUACAUCCUGAAUCAUCCUGUACAGUUCCUGCGGCAAGAGGUGGUGGCGGUGCCGGCGGUGGUGGAACAACAGGUGCCGGUGGCACAAGUGGUGGCAUCGAUACCGACUCGCCCACCACCGAAGCUGGUCAAAAUGACAAUGCAACAACUCGUUUUCCCCGCCUUAAAGCCUGCCGAGAGACCUGCUGCUCCGAAUUGGCACAAAAAAUGUAUUUCGGUGUUUGUGUCACCAUCCUGGUCACGGCGUCCUGGGUGGGGGCAACGCACUGCAUUAAAUUCCUAUAUCUAAAUCGCAGCACAUACAUGACGGCAAUCGAUGACAUCGAUUCAUUGGCCGUCGAUGAAUUGGACUUUGUGACCGACAUACAGGGCAUUGAGUUGGGCAUUGAUUCACUGCUGCCGGUUAACGAUCACACGCUCAGUCUGGAGGAUGUUGAGGAUGCCACAAAAAUAUUCAGUAUACCACCAGAAACCCCAAAGCAGGCGAAUAUUUUUAGUGCUCCCUUCUUUGCGGCUUGGUUUUUCACAAAUUUCUCGCUGUUGUUUUUCCCCAUCUAUGUGCUGGGGAGAAUAUCGUUGAGAAAAUGUGAUAAGCCAGGCGAGAUCCUGGGUGAUAUUUUGAGGGGAUUCCGAGAUCGGGGGUUCACUAUAGGACGUUUUCUUAAUCGCUGCCUAUCAUUUUGUAUACUAUGGCUUUUAACCACUUACCUUUAUACGUUAUCUCUGCGUGUCUUAUUUGCCACCGAUGCUAUGGCCUUGUUUGCCACCAAUGUGGCAUGCGUUUACCUGCUGUCCUGGGUGAUACUGCACGAGCAGUUUGUGGGCGUGAGGAUUGUUGCUGUUAUUCUCUGUGAUACGGGUAUCGCAUUGCUGGCGUACAUGGAUGGUAUUACGGAAAGUCCGACACUAAGUGGGGUGGUUUUGGCCACCUUGGCAGCCGCCUGUUAUGCCGUCUUUCGAGUCAUGUUUCGCAAAGUGAUGGGCGAUCCACCGGUUGGACAAAUUGCGUUUGCCUUCACAACGCUGGGCUUUCUCAACGCUCUACUCAUGUGGCCAAUAUGUGUGGCAUUAUAUUUGACGGGAACGGAAAUAAUGCCAUCGGAUCGUAUGCCUUGGAUUAUUUUAUUGAUUGCCAGUAUAUUGUUAUUAGUGUUUCACAUUCUAAUGCAAUUUAGCUCGGCUGUUACCUACAAUAUGUUCGUUACGUUAGGUUUAAUUACUGCUGUUCCUGUGUCCGGAGCUUUGGAUGUUGUCCUGUACGGUGCUACAUUUGCUGGCAUGAAAUUGGCCGGUGUCAUUUUGAUUGCGGUGGGUUUCUUUUUGGUAAUGUUUCCUGAGAAUUGGCCGGACUAUAUAACACGUCUAUUAAGAAAAAGUGGUCGUGCUAUACUGCGUUAUCAAUGUUGUUGUGAGUUAGCCGAAAUUCACUACACCCAUUCGAAAUAUCAUCUUAUUGGGUCACAACGCGAGAUGGGGUCGAGGUCCUCGCCACGGUUCGUUAGCCGGUCAUCAUCCCACCAUUAUCGAUUAUCGGACGGGAUACAUAAGGUCCCAUCUUCGGUCACCCUCUGGCCGUGUGAGAUGACUGAUUUGUCGCCAACUGGGUUUCUACAACAGCAACAAAGCAAUCAUAAUACAACAGGUACAACAACUACAACCGCCAGCAGUAGUAGCCGACAUCAGCAGCAGCAACAACACCACCUCCAUCAUCAUCAUCAUCAUGGUGGUCAUGUCCCACACGGACAUGGUCAUUUGUAUUCAAGCCUAUCGCUUUCAUCUUCCGGCGGUGGUGGUGGCAUUGGUAUUCCCGGUAUUGUGGGAUCAACUUCAGCUGGUAUUGGAGGCAGUAGUGGCGGAUCUGUGCACCAUGCUACAAACAGUCAUAGCAGCAGCAUACGUGCUCCUCCAGUUGGCAGUGGUGGUGGCCGUUUAUUUUCAUAUUUUGGCAAUGAUCACGAACAUGAACGUAAAAAAUCUGAAACAUCAUUUUUCAAUUUGGGUUUUCGUCGUAAAUCUACAGUGGUUUAUUAUGCGGCCACCGACUAAUCCCGCAGAUGGUGAGGCAACGGCAAUGGCAGCGCGGACAACUGCAAUGCUCAUUAAGUCCCUGAUUGGCUUUAUAACCAUUUAAUAUGGCGUCGGCGGCAGGGACAAUAAAUUGUAUCGUAAUUUAAGUAAAAAAGUAUUUAAAUAAGCACACACACACACACAACCAUACAAAUCCAGGCAAUUAUUAUCAAAUUAAAAAAAAUAAAUACAAAAACAUUCGAAGUUAGUAAAGUUGUGGGUGAAAAUUUAAACAAUGUUUUAAAAAAUAUUCGUCUUUAAAAGAAUCAAUGUUUAUUAUUAAGAAUAUUAAAACUGAUUUAAAUAAUAGAGAAAACCAAAGAAUACUAAAAUGAUUUCACACAUACAAUGAAACCAACAAAUAUUAAAAUAAAAUAUAAGCAAAGUUUCUCAUUUUUCUUAUAUUAAAAAAAUUGAAAAAAAAAACAUCACCGGGAAUACUCUUUUAAUUUUUGUAUAAAAGAUACAAUGGACAACAGUGAACCCAUAUAAAUUUUGAAAAGUUCAAAACGUAGUUAUGUACCCAUUCAUUUAGGCCGAAAUCUUUUAUCCACAAAUAUUGUGAAAAGACGAAGACAUUAUUUUCAAAAGCUCUCUGAGGUUCGAAGAAAUCAGAUUGGGUUUGGGUUUAUAUAUAAAUCAAAUUUGUCUAUAAAAAGUAAAAUUAGGAAAUUAAAAUAUUUGAAAAUAUGCCAGAAGGCAUGUUAUGGCUCCCAGCCAUCUUGAAGACCAAAACGAUUUUAUCACACCUCAAAAUAUACAUUUUAGUCCCCACAAAGUAUAUAUAUUCUUGAUCAGCAUAAAACUCUAUGUCGAUUUAGCGAUGUCUGUCCGUCUGUGAAAAUCACUCUAGCUUCUGAACGCAAUAAAGUAGGUUGAUAAAAUUUUACUCAAAUGUAAAUUAUGUCUGCAGGACUUUUGGUAUCGAAAAUGGACCAUGUAGGUCCAUGUUUUGAUGUAGCCCCCAUAUAACGGUACCUUCCUUUUUUCGGUAUUUUGAUUAUUUUAUUCACCAGAAUUGUUUCGAAUUUGGUAUUUUAAGUUCGUAAUGGAUACUACAGCCUAAGACAGAAAAUUGUUCGUGCAGGUCCACGCCUUCUUAUAGCCGCCAUGUAACGGUACCUCCCGAUAUUUGGUAUUUUGAUGAUUUUAGCGACAUUAUUCACCGGAACUGUUUCAAAUUUGGUACUAGAAGAUCGUAAUGGGUACUACAGCCUAAGACAGAAAAUUGUGUAGGUCCUCGUUUUGAUAUACCCCCCAUAUAACGGUAUCUCCCGAUAUUCGGUUUUUUGAUGAUUUAAGCGACAUUAUUCAUCGGAAUUGUUUCAAAUUUGGUAUUUGAAGUUCGUAAUAGAUACUACAGCCUAUGACAGAAAAUUGUCUGUGCAGGUCGCCGCCUUCGUAUAACCCUCAUAUAACGGCACCUUCCUAUAUUUGAUAUUUUGAUGAUUUUAGCUACAUUAUUCACCGAAUUUUUUUUUUCAAGUUUUGCAUUUGAAUUUUGCAAUGACUUAUGACAAAAAUUGCCUGUACAGGCCCACGUCGUCGCAUAGACCCUAAUAUAAUGGCUACAUUCAGUAUUUUUAAGAUUUUAACAGAAUUUUUAAAGGAUUUUAUUUUUUGAAAAAUUCCAAAUACGCUCCAAAUCGUGGAGAGUUUUUUACUUGUUUAAUCAUAUCCAGUUUCCAUUCUAAGACAAAAUCUCCCAUAAUACUUCAUUAAUUGCGAAUGCUUCCAAAGGAAGAAAUAUUCUAUUUCAAAUUUCAUUGUUAAACUUGGAAUAAAAGAAAUUUCAUACCUCAUAUGUACCGUGAAAAAAUAUCCUCAAUUGUGGUUCAUGAAAAACAUUUUUAUAUUUUCAUUAUAGUUAUUACGUGGAUUUUGGCCAUAUUUUUCAAUCGAUCGACUUCUUCGUUCACUAUGCAUGGGAUUUAUGAUUAUAAGGCUUUAUUUAAAAUAAUUCUAUAACUUUCAUUUUAAAAAAAAUAAAAGAAAAUUAUAUUAUGCAUUUAAUGAAAAAAAAACGUUGGUAAUCAAAGAGGUCAAUAUUAAAUAAAAAACCCACAAAACACUGUAAUUUAUCUCAAAUGAACAAAAAACCAAAAUUUAUUGAAAAUUUAAAGUUUCAAUUGUUAACACACAAUUUUAUUGUUACAUUUUUUUAAAUUAAUUUUCAUAAGCAAGGAAAUUAUAUUAAAUGUUAGACAAUUAUUAAUAUUCACAAAUACCAAUAACUGUUAAUUUGUAAAAUGCAAUUGUAAUAUUUUAUAAAAGAAAAAAAAACAAAAUUAAUACAUGUUACUACUAUCUAAAACUAUAAAUAAAUUUUAGAAUGAAAACAACAACAACAAGGACGUAAAGAGAACAACAACAACCAUUAAUAACUGAUUUGUGAUAAUUUGGAAUUAUUAUUCGUUUAUUUUUAAAAUUUAAACACAAAUGUUAAUUGUUAUUUUUUAGUAAUAAUUGUAAUGAUAAUUAACGUAAGAAUGAAUUGUUUUAAUUAUUUAUGAAUUAAGAUCUGCAAAAGUAAUUGAAUUCGAACUAAGAAAAAAAAUUAAAUUUUAAGGAAUACCCAUUACUCAAAUUAUGACUACUCAUGAAAAUAAUAAUAAUAAUAAAA